CCACUGCUCCAUCCAAUGUCUGAAAAAAUGUCUAUCUAGUCCAGCUUGGCGAGGGAAUGGCAACGCAACGUCCGCUAUCCAGUGGCCUCCACGACGCGCUGGCUCUCACCACAGCUCGUCCUCCACGUCUGGCCAUGCUCGCUCCGCCCAACUCGCAGAUGCUCACCUCCUCGCUCCCGGCCCCAGCCACCAAGCCCAAACCCGCCGCCGCCACCUCCGUCUCCGUCUCCGCCGCGGCCACGGCCCCCCUCGACGCAGGCGGGAGCGGCCGCCUGUCCGCGCUCAUCCGCUCCCUCUGCGCCGCCGGCCGGACCGCCGACGCCGCGCGCGCGCUUGACACGGCCGGUGAUGCCGCCGGCGUCGUCGCCUACAACGCCAUGAUCGCUGGGUACUGCCGCGCCGGCCAGGUCGCCGCCGCGCGCCGCCUCGCGGCCGCCGUCCCGGUCCCGCCCAACGCUUACACCUACUUCCCCAUCGUGCGCAGCCUCUGCGCGCGGGGACUGAUCGCCGACGCGCUCACGGUGCUCGACGAAAUGCCGCUCAGGGGCUGCGCGGCCACCCCGCCCAUGUGCCACGUCAUCCUGGAGGCCGCGUGCAGGGGCGGCGGGUUCAGGAGCGCCGUGAGGGCUCUCCAGGUGCUGCACGCCAAGGGCUGCACGCUCGACUCCGGCAACUGCAACCUCGUCGUCAGCGCCAUCUGCGAGCAAGGGUGCGUGGACGAGGGAGUGGAGCUGCUGAGGAAGCUGCCAUCCUUUGGUUGUGAGCCGGAUAUUGUUAGCUACAACGCAGUGCUCAAGGGCCUGUGUAUGGCCAAGAGAUGGGACGACGUGGAGGAGCUCAUGGUCGAGAUGGUUAGGGUGCAUGAGGCCCUUUCGCAGAUGCCGGAGCAUGGGUGCACACCGGACUUAAGGAUGUACGCGACCAUCAUCGACGGGAUUUGCAAGGACGGGCAUCACGAGGUUGCAAACGAUAUUUUGAGCAGGAUGCCUUCUUAUGGUCUCAAGCCCAAUGUUGUCUGCUACAACACUGUGUUGAAGGGCCUAUGCAGUGCUGAGCGGUGGGAGGAAGCUGAGGACUUGCUCGCUGAGAUGUUUCAGGAGGAUUGCCCCCUCGAUGACGUGACAUUCAAUAUACUCGUCGAUUUCUUCUGCCAAAAUGGGUUGGUCGACAGGGUAAUUGAACUUCUUGAGCAGAUGUUGGAGCAUGGUUGCAUACCGGAUGUCAUCACAUACACUACCGUAAUCAAUGGCUUUUGCAAAGAAGGGCUUGUUGACGAAGCUAUCAUGCUUUUGAAAAAUAUGUCAGCCUGUGGAUGCAAGCCAAAUACCAUAAGCUAUACUAUUGUGUUGAAAGGUUUGUGCAGAGCGGAGCGGUGGGUAGAUGCCCAGGAGCUGAUCUCUCAUAUGAUUCAACAAGGCUGUCUUCCGAAUCCUGUUACAUUUAACACGCUCAUCAAUUUCAUGUGCAAAAAGGGAUUGGUGGAGCAGGCAAUUGAACUUCUUAAGCAGAUGUUAGUGAAUGGAUGCAGUCCUGACCUUAUUAGCUACAGUACGGUGAUUGAUGGACUUGGUAAAGCUGGUAAGACGGAGGAAGCAUUGGAGCUGUUAAAUGUUAUGAUCAACAAAGGGAUCACCCCAAAUACGAUAAUUUAUUCAUCAAUGGCAUCCGCUCUGUCUAGAGAAGGUAGAACCGACAAGAUUAUUCAGAUGUUUGACAGUAUCCAAGAUGCCACAGUGAGGUCUGAUGCAGCGCUUUACAAUGCUGUCAUUUCUUCGCUUUGCAAAAGAUGGGAGACUGAUCGAGCCAUUGAUUUUUUUGCCUACAUGGUGUCGAAUGGGUGCAUGCCCAAUGAAUCAACCUACACUAUACUUAUUAGAGGUUUAGCUAGCGAGGGAUUGGUAAGGGAGGCACAAGAUUUGCUGAGUGAACUGUGCUCAAGAAGAGCUGUAAGACAGCACUUGGUGAGACAUUUUGGUAUUGUAUGAACCAACAGUACCGCUAGAUGCUGAUGGGAGGAGAUUAUUGUGGUGGCAUUGCCAGGAUGGAUUUGCCUACUUGAAGCUUCAGCAGCUCAUGAAGUUCGGUAGGCGCGAAUCCGUGAAAUCUUGUAGCUCGCUCUUGUUUUGCACUGUAUGAUGUAGUGGCUUCUAAUUGUAGUUUCUGAUAGGUCAAAGGUGCGUAGUAAAGUUAUGCAUACGGCACUAUUUUCAGUGAAAUUCUUAUUGUGGGUA